AUGACUAAAGCAAUUGCAGUAUUGAAAGGAGACUCCAAUGUUACAGGUGUUGUUCAGUUUGAACAACAGUCUGAGAACGAUGAAACUCUAGUUACUUACGAAAUUACUGGUUUUAAACCAGAUACUUACCACGGGUUCCAUAUUCAUGAAUUCGGUGACAACACAAAUGGUUGUAUUUCGGCAGGUCCACAUUUUAACCCGUUAAAAGCCACCCACGGUGCCCCAGAAGAUGAAGUUAGACAUGUUGGUGAUCUAGGUAACGUGAUUGUUAACGCGAAUGGUGUUGCAAGCGGUACCAUCAAGGACCGUCUAAUUUCAUUGUCCGGUCCUAACUCAAUUAUUGGCAGAACUGUCGUUGUUCACGAAGGCCGCGAUGAUUUGGGGAAGGGUUGUGAUGAGGAAUCUCUAAAGACAGGUAACGCAGGCGCCCGUAGUGCAUGUGGUGUUGUUGGUAUUGCAAACUGA